AUGCAUAACGUUCUUGAGUUAACCGAAUGUUUCAGACAAAAAAAUCUUGAAUUUUUUAACGCGUUAAAUGAAAUACGAUUAGGAAAAGUAACAGAUAAAUUUGUCAAUCUUUUAAUGACCAGACAUUUUGAAAAUGACGUAAAUAUAAGUUCGAAAUACGUGCGUUUGUGUUUUUUAAACGAAGAAGUGGCUUUUUAUAACUUACACAAAAUAAACGAUAUUCGAUCUGAAGAAAAAUGGUUUUAUUCUAAUGAUGUUAUUAUAAAUCCCAAAGUCAAUUAUAUGUUUCAAAUUCCUACUUGUGUACUUUUAAAAGAAGGAGCUGUUGUCAUGUUAGUAAAAAACGUAAACGUAGAAGAAGGGUUGUGUAACGGUACUAUUGGCGUAGUGACGUUUAUUGAAUCAAAUGGUGUUUGGGUUUGUAUAAACGGUAGAGAAUUUAAAAUUGAAAAUAUAAAAGAAGACAUUUUAGAUUGUACUCAUUCGGUUAUAGCUUCUAAAUUUGGUUUACCUUUACAGUUAGCAUUUUUUUUUACUGUACCCAAAGCUCAAGGGUGUACAUUAAACGAAGCAGUUUUAAAUUUUAAUAGUAAAGCGUUUGUUUCAUUGCUUAUUUAUGUAGCGUUAUCGCGAGUUUGUAAUUUAAAUGGCAUUUAUAUUAUUCAUAGAAAUAAAAACGAAAUAAGAAAUGUAUUAAAAAAUAUAUCGAUAGAUAAAGAUGUUGAACUCUUUUAUAAAAGUUCAAACGAAAGAUAUUAUAGAGAAACGUUUUAUUAUGUAAAAGACAAUUACAAAAAUGAAGAUGUUAUAGAAGAAAUUGAAUUAAACAAGCAAGUGCAAUCUCCCGACGAAAUUGUUUAUCGUAUCAAUGAAAAAACAUAA